GUGAACCGAAACAUGGGGCAGUGCGGGUUAAUCUCCUCGAAGACCGUGCUGGUCUUUCUAAACCUCAUUUUCUGGGCUGCUGCCGGAAUCCUAUGCUAUGUGGGAGCCUAUGUCUUUGUCACUUAUGAUGACUACGAGCACUUUUUUGAGGAUGUAUAUACCUUGAUUCCUGGUGUGAUAAUCAUUGCUGCAGGAACUCUCCUUUUCAUUAUAGGCCUGAUUGGUUGCUGUGCCACCAUCAGAGAAAGCCGUUGUGGAUUAGCAACAUUUGUGGUCAUCUUGCUCUUGGUGUUUGUGACUGAAGUUGUUGUGGUCGUUCUUGGAUACAUCUACAGAGCCAAGGUUGAAGAUGAGGUGGAUAAUACAAUUGCAAACGUUUUCAACCAAUACAAUGGGACAUCUCCUGACUCAGCGAGCCGAGCAAUUGAUUAUGUUCAACGGCAGCUGCACUGUUGUGGCAUUCACAACUACUCCGAAUGGGAGAACACACCUUGGUUCUCUGAAACAAAGAACAACAGUGUUCCCCUCAGCUGCUGCCGUAGCUAUGUGUUCAACUGUACAGGAAGCAUGAACAAACCUGAAGAUCUCUACUCUGAGGGUUGUGAGGCCCUAGUUGUAGAGAAGCUCCAGGAAAUAAUGAUGUAUGUCAUAUGGGCUGCUCUGGCAUUUGCUACUAUACAGCUCCUGGGAAUGCUGUGCGCCUGUAUCGUUCUGUGCAGGAGAACCCGUGACCCUGCCUAUGAACUUCUCAUCACAGGUGGAACUUACGCAUAAGAUCUACUAAAUCACUCCUCUAAUUGUGCUUCGUACCCUUCAACUUUCGUUCCAAAAGGGAUAACUCAGCUGGCAGUUCUCCUCGUCCACUUAUUCAUUUCUCCCAGCCGAUGCUAAGCUGUGAACUGACUACAGACAGACAUGACAGUGGGUCUGCUUGCCCUCUGAACUGUUACCUGUCUUACCUUUGUCCUCAGCCUGUCACUUCUGUAGUGUUCUUUUUGUUUGUCUGAUUUAGUUGUUUGCUGAUUUUGUAGGUUUUAGCAAAAGUGACUGAUGUUAGCUGUAGGGCUGUUAGUGAGGUAAAGCAGAAUUGUGUUGGGCCAUUGGUCUGAAGUCACUGAUGAUACAAAUAAUGACUCCAUCUGUGCAGCUGUGCUGUUAAUCACAAAACCGUCACUAAAUGCACUUCUAACCUAAUAGAGGAUAACUUCAAUUUAAAUCCGAUCACCUGCAUCUGUGGCAGGCAACAGCAUUAUUUAUAAAACCCAAUGAUACACUUGGGGAAAAAAGGUUCCAAAAUAAGGAUUCAUGUAUUUUCUUAUUUGAGAGAACUCCUAGUAGGAAUAUUCUUUUGUUCUUACUUUAUCAGUUUCAUCAUGGUCUGUAGAACACCCCCCUGAUUAUUUAUUUUCAGCUACACCAAAA